AUGGACGAGGCAGAGGACGGCGAGGAGGAGCCCAAAUUCCAGCGCCCUCGACCAGCACCUCCUCAAGUAAGCGAGGAUCAUGGGAGCUGUGGAGAAACCACGAUGAAGAAAUUAACAGGAGGAGGCGGAGCCGCGACCAUUGCGCGCAAAAACUCCAACAGCAAUGAGCUGUGGCUCCUGAGAGGCGAGGACUCCGCACCUGUCAGUGGCAGUGGCAGCAGAGCCUGUGCUCUGUUGUGCCAGAGGGCUGCUGCUGCUGGCGGCUCACAGUCUGGAGAUCCAGUGUCAGAGGCGGCAGUGAGAGGAGAAGCAGCCAUCGGUAUGAUAUGCAACAAAAACGGAGACUGUAGAAGGGACCCGACCAGUUCAGGGAGCCUCUCCUCCCUCAUCUCGAAGCAGGAGAGGCAGGCAGAUGGAGGAGUAGUGGAGGAGGACUGCAAGGGGCAGGCAGCAGUCAUGGACGGCUACAUCACCUCAGCGGGGUCCCUGACUCAAGGGGCCGAGGUCAAGACCGCGGCGACGGAGAAGAAAGACUCCAGAGUGUCCUUCUCCAACGCCUCAGCUAGUAAAGGGCAGACCCCAAGUCAGCAGUCGAGAAACUCGGUGACAUUCUCCAAAGCGGAGGAAGGCUCUCAGAUAGUUCCGGACGAUGGAGACUCCAGAGGGAAUCAGACCUAUAUGCAGCGGCAGUUCAGCUCCAUGCUUCAGCCGGGGGUUAACAAGUUCUCCCUGCGCAUGUUUGGCAGCCAGAAGGCUGUGGAGAAGGAGCAGGAGCGCGUCAAGUCAGCGGGGAACUGGAUCAUCCACCCAUACAGCGACUUCAGGUUCUACUGGGACUUCACCAUGCUCAUGUUCAUGGUGGGCAACCUGAUCAUCAUCCCUGUGGGCAUCACCUUCUUUAAAGAUGAGACCACCACGCCCUGGAUCAUCUUCAAUGUGGUUUCCGACACUUUCUUCCUAAUGGACCUGGUGCUGAACUUCAGGACUGGCAUUGUGUUUGAGGACAACACUGAGAUCAUACUAGACCCCGAGAAGAUUAAGAAGAAGUACCUGAAGACCUGGUUCGUGGUAGACUUUGUGUCCUCCAUACCUGUGGAUUAUAUCUUUCUCAUCGUGGAGAAAGGCAUCGACUCAGAGGUGUACAAGACGGCCCGGGCGCUCCGCAUCGUCCGCUUCACUAAGAUCCUCAGUCUGCUGCGACUGUUGAGGCUGUCCAGGCUCAUUCGCUACAUCCACCAAUGGGAGGAGAUCUUCCACAUGACCUAUGACUUGGCCAGUGCUGUGAUGCGAAUAUUCAACCUGAUUGGUAUGAUGCUGCUGCUGUGUCACUGGGAUGGCUGUCUCCAGUUCCUCGUUCCCAUGCUGCAGGACUUCCCCUCUGACUGCUGGGUCUCCCUCAACAAGAUGGUGAAUGACUCAUGGAGCGAGCUCUACUCCUUCGCACUCUUUAAGGCCAUGAGCCACAUGCUGUGCAUCGGAUAUGGAAGACAAGCCCCAGAGAGCAUGUCCGACAUUUGGCUGACCAUGCUCAGUAUGAUCGUCGGAGCCACCUGCUAUGCCAUGUUCAUCGGCCACGCUACUGCACUCAUCCAGUCGCUGGACUCCUCCAGACGACAAUAUCAAGAAAAGUACAAACAAGUGGAGCAGUACAUGUCCUUCCACAAGCUACCGGCCGACUUCCGACAGAAAAUCCAUGACUACUACGAGCACAGAUACCAAGGCAAGAUGUUCGAUGAGGAGAGCAUCCUUGAGGAGCUUAAUGAGCCUCUGCGAGAGGAGAUUGUCAACUUUAACUGCCGUAAGCUUGUGGCGUCUAUGCCUCUGUUUGCCAACGCUGAUCCAAACUUUGUGACAGCCAUGCUGACCAAACUGAGAUUUGAAGUCUUCCAGCCCAGAGACUACAUCAUCAGAGAGGGUACCAUCGGAAAGAAGAUGUACUUCAUUCAACACGGGGUGGUCAGUGUCCUCACCAAAGGAAGCACCGGGAUGAAGCUGAUGGAUGGCUCCUACUUCGGAGAGAUCUGUCUGCUGACCCGCGGCAGACGGACGGCCAGUGUGCAAGCAGACACCUACUGUCGCCUCUACUCUCUCUCUGUGGACAAUUUCAAUGAGGUGCUGGAGGAGUAUCCCAUGAUGAGGAGGGCCUUUGAAACAGUUGCCAUUGACAGAUUGGACAGAAUAGGCAAGAAGAAUUCCAUCUUAAUGCACAAAGUCCAGCAUGAUCUGAACUCGGGUGUCUUCAACAACCGUGAGAAUGAGAUGAUCCAGGAGAUUGUUAAAUAUGAUCGGGAGAUGGUUCAGCAAGUUGAUGUGCCACGACAGCGGGCCAUGUCCAUGACACCACCUUUACAUGGUGGCAUCUUUACACCCACAGGUUCCUCCACCCUGCCACCAAAUUCCGCAAUUGCCACUUUGCAGCAGGCUGUAGCCAUGAACUUUUGUCCCCCAGGACAAGGGAACUCGCUAGGAGGAGGGAACCUGCAGUCCCCCAGGAUGGUUAGGAGAUUCCAGGCUUUGGAAAGUGUAUCCAGCCCCGUCUCAGCCUCUUCACUGCAGUCUCAGCUCUUUGCUUCUGGUGCCUUUGCUCCUAUCCUGCCCACCCCCGCUGUUCAGAGCCCACUGGCAGUCGGAGGACGAUCAUUCCAGUAUGGAGCCGGUGCCAUGACCGGUCCAGCCUCAGGCUCCCAGCUUUCUCUAGCCCAACAGCACAUUGCCAGCCCUGCACACCGGCCCAGCACACAUAAGAGUACCCAUUCCUUGCAAAUGGAUAGUCUGAGCCAAGACGCCAGGGCACUGUCUGCCUCUCAACCCUCACUGCCUCAUGAGGGAGCUCAACCAGGUGCCCCGAGCCCAACCCAGUCGACACGAGUCUCCUCCACUUCUAUUGGACCAGCUCAGACCCCAUCAAGUCACACGGGCAUUCGCAGCGCUAUACCACAUAGGGUGGUGCUGCCCCACCAGUUGUCCUUCCCUGUAGCAUCCCUGCCCGGUUCUAUGCAGGGCUUUGGGACUGGUGCAGGACUGGCAGUAGGGGGUUUGGGAACUGGUCAUGGGGACUCGGGGCAACCCAAGAAAGACUCCAUAGUGAGUCUCCCUGAGACCGAACAUGUCAAAGUUAGAUCCAGGCUAUCUUCAAACUUGUGA